GGAUGUGUGCUUCUCAUAACCAAUCGUUGGGCGACUGAUGUUUCAUGUAUGCAGCUCUCAACAUGUAAAUGAAUGACGCUGGCAGGAUGAGCACAAGCACUAUGACAGCAUGCAACAGUAACUUUCCGCUGCAGGUCAGAUGCGCGCUCGAACUGGACAGACUGGUGUGAACGGAAGCUGUGCGAAUUUAACGGGAGGAUAUACUCAAUAUAAUAAUAUUCCUCGCGCUUCAAGAACAGAAGGGGACAAAAUAAAGAAUGACAGAUAUAAUGAACAACCCAGAACACAGUCGAGAAGACUUCUCUGUGAGUGACACCGGAGAACAAGGCGUUUCCUUUCAGAUUUUCCCAGACACACAGGAGCGCCACCCCAAGGUGUUCAAGCGCCUGCCUUCCAUCGUAGUGGAGCCCACAGAGGGAGAGGUGGAGAGCGGAGAGUUACGUUGGCCCCCAGAUGAUCUGAGAAGCACAGACCCUUCCAGCCAAACACACACACCCAUGUCUGCUUCACAAACCCAGAUAUCACACAGCCAGAGUACAGAUGAAGUCAAGUGCAGCAGCCUGGAAACAUCAGGGGCAGCUGAGCGUGACUGAAAUUUAAUAAAUACGUUGUCACAAGUCUGCCAUUAUCACAAGUCUCGGUUCUCACAAAAUUUUCACACUUAGAAAGACACAAAUACUGACAAGCAACACAAGCAGACAAUCCGGCAGGCAGGUGUGAAUAAGAUCAGAGCUCACAAUGCUAUAUCUGAGAACCCUUUAUAACACAUUCAUGGCUUUAAAAAAGACUUUUGAAAGUCUUUUGUACUUUUUAAGAUCAAACUCAUUUGAUCACACAUUUUAUCUGUGGAAAGUGGCUUUAACAAUCUUACAUUGCCUUCAGACUUGAAGGCCUAGUUUGUCUUUCCUGAUGCAGAAAUGUACAGUAUCCUCUACAUCUAUGUCUGAGAAUAUACUGAAAAUGUGUAGAAUUUGGAUGACACAACAAAAAUGGAUUGUAUGAGCACACUUAAGUUGAAAAUAUGAAUGUACAGAAUAUUAUUCAAUAUAAAUGUAUAAAAAACACACAGUUCCUGGAUCUGAAGUGAGCAAUGUACAGUCAAGUUAGCCAGUAUUGCUCUAUUAUUUAGCUUUAUUGACCAGCUGAUUGUAUUAGUUCACUUAAUACAUGGAACCUAAUCAAAUAAACGGAUGUAAAAUAUUAAAUUAAUUUAAUGUGUGAGAUGUAAAAAUCAAAAAGUGAUACAGAUUUAAACAAACACAGCAAUGUGGGAAACUGACUGCCUGGUCCACUGUUUAAUGGUAAAUAUACAUAAAUAUUUGACAGCAAAAAAGUUAAAUUGCAGCUUUCUGUCAUCAAAUAUUUAUGUAUAUUUACUGUUUAUGUGUAUUGGUCAAACAGAAUCAAGUAUUCCAGAGAGCCGUGUAAUGAGCACAACACACACAAUGGUUUUGGACGCUUUGAUGGUCCAUGUCAAAUCUAGAGAGAGAUGUUGUUAUGAUGCCCUCCACUUUGAUGUAUCCCAGAAGCCUGUGAAUGCAUAUUCUAAAAAGAUUACAGUGACCACUGUGAAUCUCUCAUUCAUGUGAAAAUUAUUCAUUACACGCUCUGCGGCUGAAAACUUUAUGCGAGGAGACUCCAUCCUCUCUCCACACCAUCUGGCUGAGGCUUGUGAGGAAUGACUGCUACUGAACUUCAAACAUGUCUGUCUGCCUGUCAGUCAGCCUGAAGACAAGGACUUCCUUAUAUCUCCAAGCCCUGUCUGACUUUCUGCAGACUUGAAAUUAUUAGAGGCGUUUGUGCACAUACACAAUAUUUUCAAAGCACAACUGCUGGAGCUAGAGUCCCGCACUGGACUACAGACAGAGACUGCCUAUUAUACAGCUUUUCUGGCUAUAAUUAAUUGUAUCUGCUAAGACAAGAAUUGUGUGCUAUUACUAUUUUCUUUCUUAGGGCUAGGAAUUUAAACAGACGUCUAUUCUUGAGUAUUAUAGAACUUAUUCUGAACCGUUUGUACAACAGGCAAGAAUGAUACAACAAAUCAUGCUGGGAAAUAAUGGGAAGGCCAACUCCAAUAUUGUGUCUGCGAGUAUUGCACAUAUAGGCAUAAGACACUUACAUUUUCAUGUACAUUUUUACAUAAUAUCUACUUUAACAGUAAUAGUUUAGAUGUUGUAGUAAUAUUGAUGUGAUUCUUGAACCACUUCACAACAUACAUUGCCCUCCUGAUAUUUUCUAAAUUUCUAAAUUCCCAUGUGUAGAUGUGUAUCUAUGUUGUUUAUAUAUAUUUUGAAAUGGCCAGAAUUGUCUACUGUAAUAUUUUCCUAAUCCCGUAACUAAAGGCUUGUGUUUGCCAUAAAAACACUAAUCAUAAGAGGUGUCUCCAUCAGGAUUUUUAUUUUUUAAUUUUUUUUAUUGGCAUGCAUUGACAGGUGUGACUUUUAGUACUUUUUAAAGAUUAACUGGAAAUUACAUAAUUAAACAGCAGAUACAUCUUCUGGAAAAACCUGAUCAGAUUUUUUUUAUUAUUUUAUUUUAGAUUUCUAUUUAAGAUUUGGAUCAAUUGCCUUCAUUUCAUCAUCAAAAUUGUUGUAAAAAAUUAAUUGAUGUUUUAAUAUUACACUUGCUCUUAAUAUAUACACAUUUUUUGUUUGUUCAUUUGUUUCAUAAGUUCAAAUAAAGAUUAAUAUU